AUUUUUAGUGGGCUGAUGACUCACUCAGACUCACGAAUCGAGCUCUUCGGACGAAACUAAAUUUUAAGUUAAUUUAGUUGAACUAAUUUUUGACUGAACAAUAAUCUUAUUUGCUCAUUGAUAUGUACUUAUCAGUUUACGACAUUCCAGUAAUCCAGUACUUUAUUUAGGUUAUCCAGUACUUGAUUAGAGAAAACGAGGGGAGAAAGUUUCAAAAUUCCCAAUCUUACUUUAUAUAUAACCAAGCAUUUGUAAUUAAUAGAUAAGACAUGUGAGUUUUAUUGAGAAUUCAAGACACAGAUCCAAAUGUUAUGAAGUAGUUUAUAAUUUUCUAUUUUUGUGGCUUACACACUUGUUUUUUAUACGUUGAUUCGAUACUAUGUAGCAAGCAGAUAAGUAAAUGAACAGCAGGUGACAUGAAAUGGACAAAAAAAGUCAUGAUAUCUGAGGUGAGUGAUUAGUUAGAAAGGUUAGUUAGAAAUAGUGUUGUUUUUCAUUCCAGAGAAUAACUGUUAUCUUCUUAAUCACUUGCGCGUUCGAGUCAAGUCAAUGAAUAAUCUUCCAUUACAACAAAACAACACAAGCAACAUUUUAUAAUUAAGUGCCAACUCGUCCAACCAAUCCCUCUGCAGGGGGUCACGGAUAAGUCGUUAUCAUCAACGCCGUCUGAAGAACAACAAUGUCCGAUAUUUUGGUUUCCGGUGGAAUUUUUUUAGCAAUCGUGGUCAUUCCUUUUGUGGGGUACAAGCUGUAUAAAAAGUUUGCUGGCAAGUGUGGCAGUCAUGUACCCAACUCUCUCUUCUUCUGUUGCCGAACACGAAAUCGGAAUCACGAAAAUUAUGGGAAUUUCUUGCGAAAAAGGAUCGUCCCAAGGGUCGAACUUGAUUUUCCGGCUAAUUUACGGGUUGGACAGACUAUUAGUUUGAGAGUGAUUUUUCCCCUCUGCCGUCACCGAACAUUGGAAAUCGUCCAACACGUCUCCCAACCGGAACCCUCCCUCCAAGAAUCCGUCUAUCUCCAGGAGGAAUACAAUCUUGAUCGCUUAUCCAUCGACAUCGUCAAAGUUUCCGGAUCCGUCUCGACGCACCACACUUCUCCACGAGUCCCUCCGAUACGUGAACUUUUACCGCGUCCCCCUUCCGCAUCUGAGGACACACUCCUAGUUAAAUUCCUUGUCCAAGAGGCCGGCUUUUACCAGAUCAACAUCCUCUAUGAAGACGCCCAUGUUCCCGGCAGCCCGUUUCCUAUUCCUUUCAACGCCGCUGAACUCGACCCGGAGAAAACCGUCGCCCUCCGCGAAUCUCCCAUUGUCCUCUCCAUCUCGGGCGACAUAUUAUCCAUGUACAUCUCACCCAAAGAUCGGUAUGGGAAUGAGUGCAAUUUUGGAGAUGUGGAUCCUGCACUUUUCCACUUUUCGCUACUCCAACUUGACGACGGACACCAUCCCGUCCUCGUGGAAUCUAUUGUGUUUAAUUUUUCGCGAGAAAUUAAGAAAAUUCUGGGAGCCCCUUUCGACGAACCAUAUGAGGAGACAUUGGAGGUUAGACUCGAUGUCGAAAUUUUCCUUCCCGGCGUCUUCCUCGCCAGUAUUUCGUAUAAUGGGAUUCUCAUUGGAAAUGGAACCUUUGACCUAGUCACAUUAUCACCUGACGAGCACAACAAUCUCCGCAGUUUGAUAAGCAAUAAUCCAGGAGCUAGAUUCCACGAGGCCAAAUUGCUCUCAAGUGGACAAGACUUACAGAAAAAACCGAGGCAGGUUUAUAUUUACGUGGCAGCAAAAGUACUUACCAUCAAAGAAUUCUAUUUGGGAAUUCUACCCUUUCGUCUUGCAGUAUUUCGAAUCCUCCCGGCGACAAAAGUCAAAUUACUAUCGUAUAAUGUCGAGCGGAGACAAAACAUUCUGGAAAUAUCGGAUCGAACUCAGCCAAAGAUUGUGCUAGAAAUUGAGCCCACGACAAGUCGCAUCGUAUUAGCAAUGUUUGCUCUCUUUCUCAAACAGAGGUUGGGAGGGUCUGAAUCUUUCGAAAACAAGCAAAAGUUUUUUUAUGAAGAGUUGAAGAGUUCCAAGGAUGUGCUGAGAACGACCACUUCGGUGUUAUCAAUCAAUAGGGACUCGAUUCUUAAUUCGACUCUCUCGGAAACCAAAAACUUUAGCACGAAAGACUGGUGUCGAAAUUUUAAGAUUAAUUUCGUCUCUGAGGAGGGAUCUGACGAUGGGGGCCUUCGGCGUGAGUGGCUCAACUUACUCUGCAAAGAAAUGUUCGACAACUCCGCGGACGGGAUGUUCACUGCCAUGGGAAAUUCACGACUUGUACAUCCCAACGCGGCCCGCGACCGUGCCAAAUAUACCCUAAAACAUUACGAGCUGGCUGGGAAGAUAGUUGCGAAAUGCUUGUUUGAGACUGCCAUGGGGGGAUUUUACAAACAGAUGGUGAAUGCGAGAUUCAGCAGGUCAUUUCUGGGACAAGUGAUUGGAUUCUCACCACAUUACAAAUAUUUUGAGCAAGAUGAUCCCGAGUUGUUUAUGACCAAAGUGAAAUAUUUGCUGGAAAAUGACGUCGCUCCGAUGGAACUCACUUUCACCGAGGAUGAGUACAGCCAAUCGAAUGGAAAGCUUCUCAAGAGUGUCGAACUAAUAUCCAACGGACGAAAUAUUGCUGUAAUUAACGAAAACCGAGAAGAAUACUUGAACCUCCUCGCCCAAUAUCGUUUGUGCACCAAAGUCAAGCGUGAAAUCGAAGCAUUUGUUAAAGGAUUGAGUGAAAUCGUGCCGGACGGAUUGCUCACAAAUUUUGACGAAAAUGAACUCGAGAUCCUUAUGUGUGGAAGGAGCACCUUUUCCAUCGACGAUUUGAAACUGCAUCACAUCCUGAGCGGCGAGGGUACCAUGUACGACAGAAUCCUUCCCUGGUUUUGGAUCGCUCUUACCAACAUGACCGACGAUGAGCGAGGUCGCGUCCUCCAGUUUACAACGGGCAGCAGCCUCCUUCCCCACGGAGGUUUUAAAGAUCUCCAACCCACAUUUCGCAUCACAGUGUACGACAGCAUCGGAAAGUUACCACUGGCGCAUACCUGCUUCUCUGAAAUAUGUCUCUCCGUACAUCGCAACUAUGAAGAAUUUGAGAAGGCGUUGAAAAUCGCGAUUAACGAGGGCAGCGAGGGAUUCGCCAUCAUGUAGAAAUAAUUAAAUAGUGCCAGAAUUGUGAAACUAGACGACUUUAUCUCUCUACAACUAUACUCAAAAUCAACUAUACUUUCAUAUCGUUGUCCUUCUGAUCUGAUUAUUGAAAUUAAUAGAAUCCAUAUAGUCUUCAAGAUCUAAACAUGUUCCUAUUUCAACCAACCAGUUGUGCUACAUCUACUCAAAUACUUAAUUGUUAACUAUAAACCGUCAUCAUCAACUGCAGCAAUACACUAAAAAAGUCAACUCAACUAUAGAGCAAUACAAACAACAAUGCAAUAUAAUAUGUCGUAGUAAAUGAAUUAAGCCCUUCGUAUUGUUUGUGUCUUAUUAACUGAUUAUUAUUAUCCAAUUCAACCAAAUGCUCAGAGUAUGUAAAAGUAUUGACAUUAUAUAACUAAUUAUCGUCAUAUCUGUUACAUACAUACAUAGAUAACUGCAUAUUAUUCUGUGUUACAACCGUAUAGUGAGAUCAUUUAAGUAUUAUAAAUAAAUAUAUGAUAUUAUUGAAUAGAACAGAAUAAAGUCAUGAUGGGUCUCAUUUAAUGGGCCAGACUUUUAA